CCCAAUCGUUCAAACCAUGUCAGCCGAUGAGAUAGCAGGAUAUCGCUACCAAUUGGAGCAAAUUGAGGCAUCGCUAGAAAGCGAUCCGCAAAACAGUGAGCUAAUAAAGCUGAAGAAUGAUUUAGUAGAGCUCAUCGCACUUACAACCCAAUUUGAGAAUGUACAAAGUCCAGCCCGAUCGGCGGAGGCGACGCCUACUAAGACACAAGAGAAACCAAAGGAAGACGAAUCUCCAUCAACGAGGACGGCCACAACGCUUUUCCAGCAAUACAGUGUCGGCCAAGAGGUAAUGGCAAAAUAUCAAGCAGACGGAAAGUAUUACAAGGCAAAGAUUUCUAAUGUAGGAGGAAGUGGAGUGGUGUAUUCUGUCAUCUUUGCUGGCUAUCAGGACGUUGAAAUCGUAAAAGCCGAAGACAUCAAACCUAUAGAGAACAAAUACAAGAACAAGCGACCGGCUAGCAACGUUGAAAGCGGCGACGGGACGAAGAAGCAACCACAAGCGAAGAAGCCAAAGAAGCCAGCGGCAGUGGAAGUCAAGAAAAAUGCAUGGCUCAACUUUGCCACCAAGGCUGAAAAGAAAAAGAAAACGUCAGCGAUCCCCAUCAAUAAGAAGAGUAUCUUCAAAACACCCGAUAAUCCAGAGGGCAAAGUUGGUGUGAUUGGAAGUGGCAGGGGAAUGACGGGAUUCCAGCAGCGUGGCAAACAUCAGUAUAGCUCCAAUUCAAAUGUAGAUGAGGAAUGAAUAUACCUUUUUCAAACCCUUUUAUUCUGUAACAAUGACCAUAAAAGCUUUCCAUGGAAGUUUUGUCAGUGAUAUUCGGAGUGUGAAAGUAGAGGGUGGGUCAGAGA